AUGGGAACGUACGCACAAGUACGGAAUACGUAUCCCAAAUCGACCAAAGAAGCCAUCAAAAUCGACAAAGCAAAUGGGGAUACUCUAUGGCAAGACUCGAUUCAAAUGGAGAUGAAAAACAAUCGAGUCGCUUUUGAAGAAUUCGAUGGAGACGUAGAGAAGCUGAUGGGAUACAAAAAGAUCACGGGACACCUAGUAUUUGAUGUGAAACUAGGGGAAAACUUCCAAAGGAAAGCGAGGUACUGCGCUGAUGGACACAAGACUGAAGCACCCGCAGCAUUGACCUACAGUACGGUAGUGUCCCGUGAUUCAGUUUGGAUACUACUAAUGAUAGCAGCGCUAAACGGAUUAGACUUGCAAUGCGCGGAUAUUCAAAAUGGAUUCCUCACUGCACCAGCGAUCGAAAAGUGCUACCUGGUAGCAGGACCCAAGUUCGGUGAAGAAGAAAGCAAAGUAUUUAUCGUAAGAAGAGCAUUAUAUGGCUUAAAAAGUUCAUCCGCAGCAUUCAGAUCACACCUGGCGGAGACUUUGGAGGAUUUGGGCUUCAGCUCGUCAACUGCCGACCCAGACGUUUGCAUGCGAGCGGCAGUGAAACCUGACGGCGAGGAAUACUACGAAUACAUCCUUUGCUACGUCGACGACAUCCUCUGUAUGUCGAUGAAAGCCAAAGAAGUGAUGGAAGGAAUUGGAAGGGUUUUCAAGUUCAAGAAAGGCAAGAUUGAACCUCCAGAAAGCUACUUGGGAGCUAGGCUAUGA